ACGAGCGACAAAGCUCGCUCAAUAUUUUUUCCGUAAUCUGUGCCGUGUCCCUUUCAGUGACGAUAUUCACGCCGUUUUUCAGCUGAACCUCUCCCAGGGUAGAACCCAGCACAUGAGGUAAUUUCAAAAUAAGUGGACCUCAAAAUGAUGUCCGAAAUGAGCGAUGAAAACCUCUACAGCAGUUCUGCUUCUGAUACAGACGAGGAUGAAUUUCAUAAAUGGCCACGAGUCGAAAGAACAUCAAGAUUUUCGCUAGUUUUCUUUAUUCUCGGAGUUUCUCUGAUAGUGCCCUUCACCACAUUCGUUUGUGCGGCUGAAGAUGUAUUAGCAGGAACUAAUAAACCAACAGGAUUGGUGAUUAUAUCGUUAGCAGCUCCUUCGUGCAUUCUCAAGGUAGUGUCGCUGUGUUUUCAUCAAGUGUCGUACGUCGCUCGCGUUUUCCUCACGGCCACAUUUGUCCUCGCAGGGCAGUUGUGUACAGUGUUCAUUUCCAACCUUGAAGGUCGCAUAGUGGGAGUUUGUUUGGUUUCUGUUGGAACAGGAAUUGGAGAAGUUUGUCUUCUCAUGCAAGCUGCAAAAAUGCUGGAAGAAGCUGCCCUAUGUUCGUUUAUAAUAGGAACCGGAGCUGGUGCAGUUCUAGGCGCUGCCUCUUACGUGGGUAAGUUACAAAAAAGGUUACAUUUGAGAACCGUAGAUAUUUCAUAUUUUUCGUUAAUGUACGUGUUCUAACAUAUUAUGAUAUCAACAUUGCGUGUUUGUUGUAUAAAGUAAUCUCAAGAGCUGCGAAUAUUUUAUCAUGUCAUUAAGUAAAAAAAAUUCUCAUUUUCUCGAAAAUACCACAAUUCAUUUCUUUUCAUAGUGAAUUUAUCUUGGUAGUUCUGCAAAACUUUUAAAACAAAGUUGUUUACAAUGCUGCUUUACUGCUACGUCUAUAAUAUUGACUAGAUUGUUCUCACUGCGUAGGAAAGUUUAACUUUUUCCUGUUUGUAAAUAUACCAGGAAAAGGCUUUGAGGCAUUUAUCGGGGAAAAAAAAACAAUCAAUACAUAAUCAAUUAUUCUUUUAGUUAAAUUGUAAAUCUUAUAGUAAAACCCCAGUACUUUGUGUAAAUAAUAUCAUAAAGUCUUAUAACGGGUAACGUGAAUAAAUGACGCUUGUGAUUUAUAAGAGAGAUGUGGGCUGAUAUCUUGCUCGCGGGCUAAACGCAACAGUAAUUUAAGUACACCCUGUACGGCAAGAAUCAUGAAAUGAUUCAAGCUAUAAAUUUCGAUCGCUCAUAUAAAUGAGGUCUCUAUAUCACGUUAAUUCCUCGUGAAAUGUGUGGCAUAUGCAUUUGUAAAGUACAAUCCUUCCUGUUACCGCAAAAUUCCUUUUAUUUCGCGGAAAAUUCUUCAGUUAACCGCUAAUUAAUUCAAUAGAGGCCCCCUCAAAGGCUUCCCGUUACGAGAGAAAAUUUCAGUCGAUCGACUUCCAAGAUAUUCACUGGGAUUGGUUUAUUUUCUAUCCAAACUAAUAUGACUUUUUUGAGAGAAGACAAAAAAAUCAAGAUACGGCUGAAAUACUAAGAAAUCAACUGAAAAUAUGAUUUAUAACACCCCAAAAAAGGAAUUAAUACUGCAGAAUUAGAUUCAUCAAGUUUCAUUAUAUCGCUUCACGUAGACACGAAUUUUAACUUCCCUAAAUUUUUACGCAACAACGAAACAGUAGCAAACACAUUUAUCCGCCAUAAGAAAAAGAAAAAUAAACUAUAUAAUUAAUUUGUCCUUCAGAUAACCGUGUAGAAAAACAUUUAGUUUCUUUAUUUGCGCGAAGACUAUGCUUUUUGUCCUCAUGUGAAUUAAACACAAUAAAAAUUCACAUUUCCCAGGAGCCACAUAUGUAAUUCUUGAUCAUUGCCCUCCAAAAACUGUUUUUAUUGUUGCUUUACCACAAAGAUCAAAGUCUUCACUUUGCGCCGGAAAUUUUCGUUUUUUCCUGUUUGUAAAUAUUCUAGACCCCAUUUGCGCUUUGUUUCAUCUGUGCUAGAAAAUUUCGGUUUUUCCUGCUUGUAAAUAUUCAACUCAGCUACAUCCUACAAACCUGAUACAACAAUGUAAAUUGUUGGCGUAUUACAGUCGCAUCAAAAAACGCAGAAAAACAGAUUUGAUACAAAGCUCAGCGCAUAAAAUGAUGUUAUUUGUAUGAUGAUCCAAAUAUUUCAAAGUGGUUUCUGGGAAUUUGAAUUUCAUAGCCUUAGAUAACCAAUCAAAUGCUCCACAAAUGAACGAUAGGGAACCCAUGGAUCGACCAACGGGCAAAAUGUGGGUGCAUCUGCGUCAGAUAUGCAUAGAGAAUAUCUGUCGCGAUAAAUCUUACGAUAUUCCAUUGGCCUAGCUUUAAUGCGUUCUGUGAUUGGUCUAGAAAACCCGCGCCAUCUUCUCCACCAAGCAGAUGUAAAACUUAAACAAAUCGCGAUCCACUGGAAUUCCCGCGCUUUGUUCACUUCGCUCGUGUUCGUAAUGAGUUCUCAUAGUCAUCUUAAGAAAUUCACCUCUGUUCUGAUUGGCUCUUGUGAUCACCAUGAAUUUAAUUGAAUGUUUCGGGUUUUUUCACAGGCUUGACAGUCUGGGCCACAGUAGACCCAAGAACAGCCAUAUUGGUGUCCGCUAUAUGGCCGCCGUUGUUUCUCCUUUUGUUCACAGUUUCACGCGGAAAUCUUCAUCUCGUCUGCAAUUCACAAACUUCUGGGUCAAUAUCACGGUUUGAACGGCGAAACUUUGAAGUUGACUGUCGUUUGACUCCACGCUGGAAAGAAAGAUCUUUGUCGGUGUGGAAGUCUUGCCCUCAUUUUUUGGUUUUGUUCUUGGUUUAUUUUGGAGAAUAUAUUGUCCUUACGGCAAUCCUGACGACGCUAGUAUUUGAGGGCGCAGGAGUGGGUCCAGAAUUUGUCCCAAGGGGACAUUUUGAGCACUAUGUUCUGAGCACCAUGGUUGGAGAGUUCCUCGGUCGAACUUUCAUUUCCAUGCUUCGCGCCGUCGCGCCCGGAUUUUUCUGCAUUUCAGCCUCGGUGCUCGCGAUUUUUCCUCUUGCUCAGACCAUUUUCCUUUUACUAGCAACCUGGUACCGACUUGUUCCAGAGGUGUGGAUUAUUUGGCUGUUGUGCUUCAUUCAGGGCACAAUUUGUGGGAUGAUCUUCUCGAACUCGUACCACAUCAUCGCGAGAAGGUUCCUCUCGCAGCACGUCAUAUUCACUAUCACGCUUGCGUCUAUCUUAGAGACCGCUGGUAUUCUGACUGCGGGCCUGAUUGGCUGGCACAUCGAACCUUUGCUCCUCGGGCACUGUAUUCAUCAUUUUGGAAAUAGAUCGGAUUGUUUAACACGAAGUACGGACCCAAGUUUUUGGGAAUACGGAAAUAGGUUUAACUAUGAUAGCAGAACUGCAUUAUCGCUAUAAUUGAAAGAGGCGUGGAUAAUAAUUUUUAUACUUAAACAGUGAGAUAGUAUAGCUGGAAAAGAUUAUUUUAACUCCUUUAUUCCUGCAACGAUUACAAUUUUUUUCGGGCACAAAUCCCGCGCGCGUUACUCAGAAUUGAAUAGCAAAGGAAAUCGUUUGGGUAGCCAAUCAGAGUGCGCCUUCGACGUUAUCCACUGUUUUAGCAGAAACUAGUUUUAGAUAUUUCCACUGUAUUCCAAUGGUAAAUAUCUCACAUGGUAUAAAAAUAAUUAUUACCGCUAUUUUCGCUGUAUUCCAGUGGUAUAUUUAGAAUAAAAAUGGCAUUUCUAAGUACAUCGCAAUUAAAUUAACCCCCGACCACUGAAAAAAAAAAAGCAUAACGAUUAAUUUUUUAUCUUGGAGGAAAGAAUUAUCGUUCGACAGUUUUCGUGUAUUCACGGUAUUCUUUAGAUAUUACAAUCUUUUAUUUCAUUCAUUAAGCUGUAAGAAAGAAGGUUUACAAUGCUCAAAGCUGCCGCCUUUUAAAUAUCUUCCGCGAAUUUCUGCCUUUUUCAUUUAGGGUUAUAGAGAAAUGCAUCAGAUAUUUCCCUGACCAAUGACCUAUCAGCGACUCAAGCUUAUAUUUAGGAGACAUUCUACUCCAACAACUUAAAUAUAAUAUUAAAUACUUAUAAAGCUACAUUGGUGAAGCUGCACAAAAUUAAUUUAACUUAAUUAUUUAGUUUAUUGAACCAAUAAAGAAGUGA